CCAAUUCCAAGAUGGCAGCCUCCGUGAAAAAAAUUACCGAAAAAGAUUCUAAGAAAUCUGCACUAUCUCGGUUCAAGAAAUUCAUUUUCGACCCCAAUUAUGCUAUUCCUGCCAUGUUUCUUAUGCUGAUGUCAGAAAUCGUGGUCAAUGUUUUGGUUAUUCACAAAAUAAAGUAUACUGAAAUUGAUUGGAGAGCUUACAUGCAAGAGGUGGAAGGCUUUAUAAAUGGCACCUAUGAUUAUAUGUUAUUAAAGGGAGAUACAGGACCAUUAGUAUAUCCUGCAGGUUUUGUUUAUAUCUAUACAGCUUUAUAUUAUAUAACAGAUCAUGGAGUAAAUAUCAGAUUAGCUCAGUAUAUAUUUGCUAUCUUAUAUAUCCUGACCUUAUUAGUUGUGUUUGAUAUAUAUCGGUGGGCAAGAAGAGUCCCACCAUAUGCAUUCUGCUUUAUGUGUUGUGCAUCAUAUAGAAUACACUCUAUCUAUAUACUACGACUAUUCAAUGAUCCAGUAGCUAUGUUAUUUAUGUAUAUAGCUAUAGAUUUAUUUAUCAGACAACAUUGGACACUUGGAUGUCUUAUGUAUAGUUUAGGAGUUUCUAUCAAGAUGAAUUUGUUACUAUUUAGUCCAGCUUUGUUUAUAUUAUUAAUGAUAUCACAAGGUACAUUAGGUACUAUCAAACAUCUAACUGUUUGUGCCUUGCCCCAGGUAUUACUGGCAAUUCCUUUUUUAAAAGUAAAUGCUGUAGGAUAUGUUAUGAGAUCAUUUGAUCUGGGACGUCAGUUUUUCUAUAAAUGGACAGUCAAUUGGAGAUUGAUACAAGAAGAAGUAUUUUUAAAUCGUAAUUUCCAGUUGGCUUUACUAGCUAGCCAUAUUUUGCUGUUAUUGAUAUUUAUUUUUAUCAAAUUCAGAAAACUAUAUCCUAAUGUAUCAUUCAGUAUAUGGAUGUCACCUUAUAAAAGAAGAUUAAAUGCUAACCAAAUUUUAUUACCAUUACUAACAGUGAAUUUAAUUGGAAUGAGUUUUAGUAGAUCAUUACAUUACCAGUUUUAUAUUUGGUAUUUUCAUGGUUUACAUUAUUUAUUAUGGUCCACACCUUUACCUACAGUUAUUAGAAUGCUUACAUUAGGCGUAAUGGAAUUAUCAUGGAAUACUUAUCCUUCCACGGUGGAAAGUAGUACAAUGUUACAUGUUUGUCAUGGAGUAAUAAUUUUAGGACUAUUAUUCAGUUCUGCUUUUAAUGAAAGUAGUCCAGUGGAACAUAAAAAGAAGAAAUGAAUUGACUUGUGUAUUAAAAAGAAGAUUACUAUUUGGUCAAUGUCUUCCAUGAUUGAGGUGCUAGUCAGUGUGAGUUAUUGUUGAUAAAAUGAUUGUAAUUUUUAUUUAAAUUAUAGAGCAUAAUAAG